UGGAAGUUGUCAAGCGAUUUCAUGUCGCACGUGAUGACCUGAUCACCGUCAAUGCUCGUCGCGUCUCAACGUUCUCACGCUUUGUCAAGUUCUUUUCUAUUCACAGACACCGGAUUCAUACUUUGUUGGGUCUGUUAAAUGUGCUGCAAAGUCUCAGCGACAUUUCUUGGGCAAUAGUCUUGAUUUGGAACUCUACCGCCAUACUGGACAGCCCCUGAAUGCUCAAUAUCCAGCACAUUACCUCCAUUGUCUCUUUACAUCAGCAAAGCCGUCCUUCCAUUUGACCCUUCAAACACUGAUUCUCCUACCUCUACAUCCCUCACCAUGCCUCCCCGCCGGCGGCCAAACCCUCCCACUCCCCCAGAUCCAGCAACUCCCUUCCCCUUCACCAAGCUCCCCAUCGAGCUCCGCCUCUACAUCUGGAACCUCUCCAUCCUGCAAUUCGUCCACAGCAGCAUGAUAAACACCAUCGUGCCCCUAACCUGGGACCCCCGCCGGCGCGCCUUCCACACGGACCGCAAACCACCUCCCCUCUUACACACGUGCCAAGAAUCCCGAACCGAAGCCCUCAAGACGUAUCAAUUACGCUUCGCUUCCUCGCCUGAACUUGCAAGAGUCUAUUUCUCAUACGAGCACGACAUCCUCAUGCUGGUAUGGUCGAGCCUUGGUUCGGCGAGGGGAAGUUUGGAGCGGAAGAUGGCGGUUGAGGAAUGUGGCAACGUGCGGACGAUGAUGAUUAGCGAAUCGUGUUUGUUAGAUCACGCCGAUGACCAGAUGCGUGAGUUUUCGCGCUUCACCGGUUUGCAAUCCCUCUGCGUGCUCUGCGAUCCCGAGAACGUGGAGUGCGGGGACGAGUACGGGGCCGAGGAGAUGGCUUUCAUUUCCGUAGAGACGGAUAUUUGGGAGAGAGGGGAGGAGGGGACGGAGGAGUGGCCUGAGUUGGUUUGUUUGCGGGCGGAUCUUGAGGAUGCGCCGGCUUGCUCGCGGCAUUGGUGGUUUGAUGGGUGGAAUCAGAGGGCGGCGAUCAAGCAGGGCAGAAGUGGCCUGAGUUGAUGGGGAGGUGUUUGAGGGUGACGAAGGAGGAUGAUGGGGGAAAUGAUGCGGUUGUUUUGUUGAAUAUGCUGUAUAUGCAUGCUACUGGACAGACGUUUCA